ACACUAUCUAUGAGAAUCUUUCUAUUUGGUUUAUUCCUAUAGAGUACAAAAAUAAAAAGGAAGCAAUAAGCACUCAGAGUUAGUAUUAGCUUGCCAUGCCAAGCAGGUAAAGUAAGAGAAUAGCUUAGAAGGAGUCAAGAAGAUAGGAGGGAGGAUAGCUAUGAUCCUGCCAAGGUUUUCAAAAAAUAACGAAAAUUUUAUAAAGCUGGAAGCCCGGAAUCCUUGUAGUUAUAGGUCUCCGUUUUCUUCAGGUAAAGUCUCCGAAUAUAGCUGUUACUGAUAAGGUAGAAAAGCAAGGUUAGUUGUCGGUUUGGUAGUACAUCGGAAGGUAGCAGAACGAAGUAUAGCGAAUGCAAGAGUAAAAAAAAGUGUUUUAGAUACUGAAGCAGGUCGAGAGCCAGACAGGCUAACGAGCGAGUGUAGUUGCUUCAAAGCGGGAUAUGAAAAGGAACCGCAGCUAGGAUAGUAAGGACUGUCCUCACUGAACCUGAAAAGAGAUUUAAUCCAUUCGUCCGGGGAAGUGAAAAAAUCUUUAAAGGCUAGGGUUUUGGUUGCCCAAGACGUGAUGAAGGGGUAUCGGGAAGGAAUUUAGCGAACAAGCUAUAGCACUUGAGAAUGAAGGGGGGAAAAAGCCACAACUGGAUGAUAGCAAGCCUGGGCGGGCUUACGUCGGGAAAAAGAGCGCUGCCUAUUCAUGUUCAGGUACGAAGUGUGAGUUCUGAAAAAACGAAUAAACGAACUCGACCAGAAUAGUAAUGGACUCAGGUUCGAGUUCUUAUAGUAGAAUUAAGAUCGAGUGAAGGCCUUUGAAAAAUGCAAAAGCUUCAGGAGCCAGGAGAAAGGAAAGAAUAGUUACUUCCUGGGAGGAGGCGUAGGUGAUAGGAAGCUAAUCAAGGACAGGCUAAGGAUUCGAACAGUCCGUGGGACCUUCAAGGAAGAAGUUAGAUAAGCUAGGAUGCGUGUGAUAGAGUAACCCCUAGCGAGUAGAAGUGGAUCAGCGCUUCUUUCUUACCUAAGCAGUGCCCUUAAUUAAGGGUUUCAAGGAUCGGUAUCGAGAUAGCAGCUCGAGGAAUCCCUUACUUGCUUGCCUUUUCUUUAAUUUAAGGUAUGAAACAAAUAGCAGUCCCGGUCUAUAAGUAGAAAGGCUCAAGGAAAUGCGAAGUAUAGAGAGUAUAAGAUAAGCUAAGAUCUAGACUCACAGAUACCAACGAGCGGGAUUAGCUACCAAGCGGGGGAGCUUCAGGAGACUGAUAGAUGAUAGGUAGGUGGGUGGGAAAUCAAGAGAAGUGACAAAUGAUACUCUUAAUGGAUUUGUCCAUUUUCAUCCUUUUGAAUGGGGCAAGGGCCAGCCCAUUCUUAUAGCAUCCAAGGUAAAUAAAUGCCCGCCCAUGGCAGCUCUUAAAAAGAUAGGAGAGGAGUGUGAGUCAGUCGAGUCGAGAAGCAACUCAUUUAUAAGUAAAAAAAGUUUUCAUUUUAAUAAAGGGCGAUUUCCAAGUUUAAAGGAAGAGUGGAUUAGCCUCGAAUAUCUUGAUCCACUAGAAAGAUAAUUACCAGAUACGAAUACAAAUACAGUUGGAGAUCAAUAAGCCAAAAGCUUUAAGAAAGCUAUUGUAAGGUCAGAUUACAGGAAGAGCACAGGUCAGUCUUCUUCAUAAGUUCCCUUCCCGUCAGGUCAGGAUAGGGCGAAAGUUGCUUUGUAUUAAACGAGUGAUUCAGAGUUGUCUUGCCUUUAUAAAUUAAAGCAUGUCUGUUAUGCUAGUUCAUCUAUAGAACGUCAAGACCUUGUCUUCCGUAAGCUAGAUACCCGAUAAAGUAGAUUAAGGUCAUACUUUUUCCUUAGAAAAAAGCCCACCCACGUCUGGGUAAAAAGUUUGUCUGCCCAUUAACAACAAGAAAGCCAAUUCAUAGCGCAAGGAGGAUAAAGGAAGGGUAGGAGCUAUCCAGUAGAAUGCUAGGAGACAAAAGCAAGAAGAGGACCUCGCUACACGAAUUGAAAGGAAAGCUCGGACUUAUAAAAGGCUUCGAAUAACAUACAUAAUCUCGUUCAUUUUUCCUCCAGCAAGGAGCAGAGCCAGUUCAACUCAUGAAAUGGAUGCUUUCGUAGGGGCUGUAUGCCUUUUUAUUCCUAAAGCUAGAGUUGGCCUGACCGGCUUCGCAGGAUCAUUUCCACUCUGUAGGCCGCUCAUUCCUAAAUAGGAAAUAAAGUGCCUUUUCGAUUCUUCCUUCCUGCUUGUGUGCUUUCCCUAGGAAAAUUGACUCAUUCUAGCUCUCCUCUACUUCAACCACUAAGCGCUUCGCUCCUUUAAUUAAGAAUAUAAAAUAUCGCCUUUUUGGCAUGAACAUAUAGCAUGUGUGCCGUGAGGUCAAUCACUGUCAGUUCUUCUUUCGAAAUUGUCGAAUAUGAUAUGAUGAAGAGCUCUUAUCGGCUUUAGGCUUCUUUUCAAGCUGAGUAGAAAUUUCAUAAGAGAAGAAAGUCGCGUAGAAAGGAUUUGGAUUCGAGGCUUGCUAAGUGAAGUCAACAAACAAAGAAAAAAAGCUUUCUCCGAGAAAGCGUCUGUUCACGUCAAGGUCCGCAGGAGAUGUAGUCACUUUGACUUUUAUCGAGAUUGGGUUGGUAUGAAGUAUACUCAUGAUCUUUAUUUUUUUUUCCGGUAUGCCGCUCCGCCAGCAAGGAGUGCCACGCACGAGCGGAGCGAAAACAAAGCAGGGGGAAUUCUUCGUUGGGAGAAAUCCUUUGAUUGCGUAUUUAAUAUAGAUCCAUGUCUUUCUUGUUCCACUAGCUAGGACAAAAUUCUCAGAUGUCCCUUUCGUUAUCGUUAUUACAACCUUCUUUUUUGAUGUCAAAGACCAGAAGCUGUGCGCUAAUUCUCAUUGGAUCUCGGUUGUUCUUAACAGCGAUGGCUAUUCAUUUAAGUCUUCGGGUAGCACCAUUAGAUCUUCAACAAGGUGGAAAUUCUCGUAUUCUUUAUGUACAUGUUCCUGCGGCUCGGAUGAGUAUUCUUGUUUAUAUCGCUACGGCUAUAAACACUUUCUUAUUCCUAUUAACAAAACAUCCCCUUUUUCUUCGCUCUUCCGGAACCGGUACAGAAAUGGGUGCUUUUUUUACGUUGUUUACCUUAGUUACUGGGGGGUUUCGGGGAAGACCUAUGUGGGGCACCUUUUGGGUGUGGGAUGCUCGUUUAACCUCUGUAUUCAUCUCGUUUCUGAUUUACCUGGGUGCACUGCGUUUUCAAAAGCUUCCUGUCGAACCGGCUCCUAUUUCAAUCCGUGCUGGACCGAUCGAUAUACCAAUAAUAAAGUCUUCAGUCAACUGGUGGAAUACUUUGCAUCAACCUGGGAGCAUUAGCCGAUCUGGUACAUCAAUACAUGUUCCUAUGCCCAUUCCAAUCUUGUCUAACUUUGCUAACUUCCCCCUCUCAACCCGUAUCUUGUUUGUUCUGGAAACACGUCUUCCUAUUCUAUCUUUUCCCGAAUCUCCUUUAAGGUAUGAAAUAGAAGCUCGAGAAGGAAUAGCAAAACCUAGUUUACUUCCCAGCUCAAACUGAACGCGAUGUAAUCAAACUUAUGGUUGACGCCGUAGAGAAUAUAAAGCCCAUAUGCGAAGUGGAAAAAGUAGGAGUAGCAGGUACUAUUUAUGAUGCCCCUGGGAUUGUAGCCA